GUCCAUCAUGGCGGCGCCCAGAGCUUCCACUUGCCUCCUGCUGAAUAAAGGCCUGAAGAGGAUCUUCUCUGGGAUUCAACCAACUGGGGUCCCUCAUUUGGGGAAUUACCUUGGUGCUCUCACAAGUUGGGUGAAGCUACAGGAAGAAUGCAGCUCUGUCCUAUUCAGCAUUGUCGACCUCCAUUCCCUCACAGUUCCGAGAGACCCGGCCGUCCUUCGUGCCAGCAUCCUAGACGUCACGGCCGCUCUUCUGGCCUGUGGCAUAAAUCCACAGAAGUGCAUCCUUUUCCAGCAGUCUCAGGUGCCUGAACAUGCAGAGCUCGGCUGGAUUCUGGGGUGCCUCACCAGCAUACCACGUCUGCAGCACUUUCCACAGUGGAAGGUGAAGAACACCAGCCAAAUGAACGAGGGGACGGCUGGCCUGUUCACGUAUCCCGUCCUUCAAGCGGCAGAUAUCCUUCUGUACAAGUCAACCCACGUCCCUGUCGGAGAAGAUCAAGUCCUCCACUUGGAGCUGACCCAAGAUCUUGCCCGUCGCUUCAACAAGAAAUACGGAGAGUUUUUUCCAGUGCCUGAAACCAUGUUGACUGAGACGAAGAAAGUGAGGUCCCUCCGCGAUCCCACCUCCAAGAUGUCAAAAUCCGAUCCUCAGAAGUGGGCCACGGUCCGCGUCACCGACGGCGUCUCCAAUCUCGUGACCAUUCACUCUGCCAUAACGGGGCUCAGCAUAGAGGAAUUGCCCACGUCUGAGGUGACCUACGACCCGGACUGCCGCCCCGGCGUCUCCAAUCUCGUGACCAUUCACUCUGCCAUAACGGGGCUCAGCAUAGAGGAAGUGGUGCGCCAGAGCACGGGCCUGGAUACCGCUCAUUACAAGACGGUGGUGGCCGAGGCAGUCAUCGAAAAACUUGCACCAAUCAGGAGCGAGUUCGAGAAACUCAGAGGAGACGGGGCUUACCUGGAGAAAGUGUUACAGGCCGGAGCAGAAAAGGCCAAAACUCUCGCUGCUCCAGUGUAUCAGGAAGUCAAAAGGCUGGUGGGGUUUCAUUAACCACAAGGGAAAGGCAGCCCGGAUCUUCUCGGGUUUUCUUUCAGCGAAUUUUGGUUGUCUUGACCCUACAGUCUUCCAGGAAGUCCUCUUCAUAAAAGUGGGGAAUAAGAAGCAGCCGUCUGGCUGAGUGGCCUCUUUCGCACUCAGAUCCUCGCAUGCAGC